AUGCCUUUCCCCAAGAAACUCAUCCCAAUUACUUCAAUCCUAACAGCUACAUUUCUCUUCCUACUUUUCAAACCCUUAUUUCUCCACACCCAAUGGAUACCCACUAAACCCAGCGAAAUCGAAACCAAUCCAAGACAUAAAGAAAUAAAAACAUACAGUAACAAAUGGCGAACCGCGCACGAAACGCAAAAACCUAUAUACUUCCACCCCGGUAUCGUCAAGCCAUAUCCUGCACAAUAUUCCAAAGCGCUCGUUAUAGCCAGUACCACGAGCGAAGAUGUGGAUUGGAUUCGGGAGAAUUUCGAAAACGAUACUUCGAUUCAAUACACUAUAUAUACAGCCGAUGAUCCUUCCGCCGAAUAUCAUCCUCCGAAAAAUAAGGGACAUGAAGUUAUGAUAUAUCUAUCGUAUAUCAUUGAGAAUUAUAAUCAUCUUUCGGAUGUGAGCAUAUUUAUGCAUUCUCAUCAGACGACAUGGCAUAAUAAUGAACUUCUGGAUUUGGAUUCUGCUCAGAUGAUUUCGAGAUUAUCUUCCGAACGGGUUAUUCGAGAAGGUUAUAUGAAUUUAAGAUGUCAUUGGCAUCCAGGAUGUCCAGAUUGGAUGCAUCCAGGAAUAGUGGAGGAGGAUGAUAAUAAACAAGAACAAACGAUUAUGGCAAGAGCAUGGGUGGAACUUUUCCCACUUGAGCCAGUUCCAAAUGUACUUGCACAACCUUGUUGUGCACAAUUUGCCGUUUCGAAAGAAAGAAUUCGAACUUUGCCACUGGCAAGAUAUAUAUUCUAUCGAGAUUGGUUGUUGAGAACAGACUUAUCAGAUUUCAUAAGUGGUAGAGUGUGGGAAUAUAUUUGGCAAUUUGUUUUUUCUGGACAAACGAUAUUGUGUCCAAAAGAGCAUAUUUGUUAUUGUGAUGGAUAUGGUAUUUGCUUUGGAGGAGAGAUGGAAUAUCAGGCUUAUUUGGAUAAGCAAAGUGAAAAGGAAAAUUUGAAGAUUGAAAUAGAGGAAUGGGAUAUACGAAAUGAAGAGAUGCAGAAUUUGAUAGAUGAAGGAAGGGAAGAAGAAAUUGCGACUUUGGAAAAACCUGAUCCGAUGAUAAAGGAAAAGUUAGAGAAGGAGAUUGAUGAAAUUCAACGUUGGCUCGAAGUAAGUAAAGAAGAAGCAAUGCAACGUGGCGAUGUUGCUCCUAAUCGAGCUAAAGAAGCUGGUAGAGAAUGGAAAGAUGGAGAUGGAUUUUAA